GACGCAGAAUUAGCUGGAGGUUGGCGACAUCGAUUCGGCACCACCCAAGAGGACGCCGUUUGCUACUCAUCCACCCUUUAGCCAACGCUGGACCAGUGGAAAAGAGAGAUGCCCCAGGUGGACCGUGGUACAGCGAGAUGGCAAUCCCAGUGAAUGUGCAGGAAUAUUUUCACCACAAGUGGUGAUUGGCAAGGAUGGAUUGGCAAGCAAGUGUGAAACUUUGGCGAGGAGAGAGGGGACUACUCUGUGCGUGGUAAGCGUCGCUGCUUUGGCCUGUCCGCUGCUCGUUCCCGACAGGAGCUCGAAGAGGAAGGGCCCGGCCCAGAGGAAAUGUGCCCCAAACUCGACAAGGACGUGGCGACGAUCAAGGAGAGAUUCAGAAUGGCCCUAAGGAUAGCAGCAAGGCACGACAGGAGUGGCUUGGUGUGGGCAGGACUAGGCUGUGGAGUUUGGAAAUGCCCACGAGACAGGUCGCCGAAUAUCUGAAGGAAUGCUUGGGAGAGGCUGGGUUCGAGGGCUGG